CCCAAAGUGAAAAAGAAUAUUAUGUAAAAAGAAACAAAGCAAAGCUCUCUCUCUCUCUCUCAAUAUCUCACUCUCAAAGAGUACACUACACCAAAGCUGAUGAGCUGCAACGUAACGUAAACUCCACUGUCUCCAAAAUCUCUGCUCCAUUUCUCGAGGCUUAUAUUCAUUUCCAUUCUCAUUCCAUGUCGUGUUAGUGUAUAUAUAAAUAAACCCCACCCCAAACUCCCUACCCACUUAUCCCUCUAGCUAGCUAGCUUCAUUACUCCUACAUCAUUCCCACCUUCGUUAACUUCCGAUUCAUCUCAGCUCGACUCAAGAUGAGUAGACCAGGGGACUGGAACUGCAGGGCGUGCCAGCACCUCAACUUCCAGCGUCGGGACUCCUGCCAGCGAUGCGGCGAGCCCAGGCCCGGAUCCGGCGGCGGCGGCGGAGUGGUCGACCCGUUUGGCGGCUUUGGAGGGGGUAGGCCCAUGGGAGGUGGGCCCGCUUCGUUCGGGUUCGCUGGGCCGGAUGUCAGGCCCGGGGACUGGUACUGCACCGUCGGCAACUGCGGAGCCCACAACUUCGCCAGCCGCUCCAGCUGCUUCAAGUGCGCUGCUUCCAAGGACGAAUCCUCCGCCGGCGGCGGCUUCGACGGCGACAUGUCUCGCAUGAGAGGCUACGGCUUCGCAGCAGCCGGCGGCGGCGGUGGAAGCAGCCGCUCCGGGUGGAAAUCUGGUGACUGGAUUUGCGCUAGGGUUGGGUGCAACGAACACAACUUUGCGAGUAGGACGGAGUGCUACCGAUGCAAUGCGCCAAGGGAAGCCUCCAUUGCCGGCGCCGGCAACAAGUCUCCUUAUUAAGCCGUUACCAAUAAAAAAAAAAAAAACUUCCCCAUGCAUUUUUGGGUACGUAAUGUUUAUUUUCCACAUACAAUAUUGUUGUAAAAUCUCGUGAGCAUCUGAUAUUCAAUUGUACCGGUCUGUUACAUCGACUCAAGUUCAUAUUUGUGAUAUGCCCUUAUCAUAGUGUUACAAUAAUUUAAUGAGAAUUUGCAACAAGGGUAUGUAUAGUAUAUACUAUUAGCACGAUUUAAUGAUUUCGUGACUUGAAAUUUUUUCAGGCUCACCGUUGGAAGCAUCAGAAGAGAGAAGAAGGGUUGCUGCUAGCAAGCUAGUUUAGAUCGUAUAAGAAGGGCAAAAUGAUGGGUCCUGGUCACUACUCCUAUUCUGGGUCUCUGCUAAUUUUGGUCCCUUCUUUUUGUUUUUUUUUUCUUUCUCUUUUUGGAUUUCUACCAACUUUGUUUCAAUGGAGCGAAAGGAGUAAGCUUUAUUAAUUAGAAGGAUUAAAUUAUGGUUGCAUGGUGGAAGGCUAGCUAUAAGGAGGCAGGUUGAUGAUGAUGAUGAUGAUGGUUUCAGCAUUUUGUGAGCUUCGAGAUUUUCUCUGCUGUUGGUUGAUUAUUAUUAUUAUUAAUAUGGACAUGUAGCAGCAAGCACUCUAUGAUGAUGGUUUCGGUGUCCUUUUUGGGUUCUUGAUCAGUUUAGGGUUUUCGUUGUUACAAUCUCCCGUUAUGUGUGUUGCUCCUCCACUUCUUUCUUAAUUUACCUUAAUGAAAAGGAAAUAUCUCCACCUCUUGUUUUCUCGUACGAACACUCUCGUGUCAACAAUGAUUUAAAAGAAAUUUGAUUCUCAUG